AAAGCAUCCCUUUAGACAAACACAAAACUUUCGAAAUGUUUUCUAGACCUACGACACCUGUUCUUUGAGAAUAAAAAGAUGCUCAUCUUCUGUCUCCACCUUCCCUAUUGGUAAGUCAAUUUUAUUUUUUAUUUUUUUUAAAAAAUCUCCUACCUCUAAUCUCUCUAGUCUUCGGUCCUAUUUACAUGUAAUGACACAAUGGAAUAUACAUGAUUUAUUCCAACGCCCCAUUUCUUCGAUAAAAACUCAACUGUGAUCAUCUUCUCUUUCUUGACCUAAAAUUUACUUCUUGCAAUAUUUCUCUCCUUCAUUUCUCUCCUGCAUUGAUGGAAGACAUAGAAGAGGAGGAACUCUUGAAUCUUAGCCUGGCAACUGUUACAGACUCAAGUGGUGGUGACAUGAAAAGGAAGAGAAAGAGAUCAAGGGCAGAUCAUGUUUUCAAUCCUUUGAUGAAAAGUUACGAGGGUUGUAGUGAAGCGAAGAUAUAUCGGCUACUCCAAAUGAGGGAACAGAUGAUAAAACUAGACCAUAAGAAGAAAGCAGCUGUUGAAGAAACUGGCAAAGGGCUUCAUUUGAUUCACUUGCUUCUCAUAACUGCCACAGCAGCUGAUGAGAACAAUGUAGGCUCAGCCUUGGAGAAUCUGACAGAAUUAUAUCAAAGUGUCUCCUUCACCGGUGACUCGGUGCAAAGGGUUGUUGCUUAUUUUGCUGAUGGAUUGGCUGCAAGGCUCCUCACCAAGAAAUCUCCCUUCUACGACAUGAUCAUGAAGGAACCAACGAGUGAAGAAGAGUUCUUGGCAUUCACAGAUCUCUACAGGGUGUCUCCUUGUUACCAGCUCGCUCAUUUCACUGCAAACCAGGCUAUCCUUGAGGCCUAUGAGAAGGAAGAAGAUAAUAACAACAGUGCACUGCAUGUUAUUGAUUUUGACGUCUCCUACGGCUUUCAAUGGCCUUCUCUGAUACAAUCUCUCUCCGAAAAGGCCAGCAGUGGCAACCGAAUUUCACUGCGAAUAACUGGAUUCGGAAGAAGUGCGGAAGAAUUGCAAGAAACUGAGAGUAGAUUAGUCAGCUUUGCGAAAGGGUUUCGCAAUCUUGUCUUUGAGUUCCAAGGGUUGUUAAGGGGGUCUAAGCUCAUCAACCUAAGGAAAAAGAAAAAUGAAACAGUUGCUGUGAAUUUAGUAUUUCAUUUGAAUACUUUGAAUGAUUCUUUGAAGAUAUCUGACACAUUAAAAUCAAUACGUUCACUUAACCCCUCCAUUGUUGUCUUGGCGGAGCAAGAAGGUAGCAGAAGCCCAAGAAGCUUUCUAUCAAGAUUCAUGGAGUCCUUACACUAUUUUGCAGCCAUGUUUGAUUCUUUAGAUGAUUUUCUUCCUCUAGAAAGCUCAGAGAGAUUAAGCAUCGAAAAGAAUCAUCUUGGUAAAGAGAUCAAAAGCAUGCUCAACUAUGACAAAGAUGAUGCAAACUGUCCAAGAUAUGACAAGAUGGAAACAUGGAAAGGAAGGAUGGAGGGUCAUGGAUUUGCAGGCAUGAAACAUAGCUCCAAGUCCUUGAUACAAGCCAAGCUUCUUUUGAAAAUUAGAACCCAUUAUUGUCCUCUUCAAUUUGAUGGAGAGAGUGGUGGAGGGUUCAAGGUUUUUGAAAGAGAUGAUGGGAAAGCUAUUUCUCUAGGAUGGCAAGAUAGGUGUUUAAUUACUGCCUCUGCAUGGCAUUGUGUAUGAUAGUUGCUACAUUAUUGCAAUUUUCAGCUAACAUAUUCAUGAUUUUUGUAACUUCAAUCAAAUAAUAGAGUAUUUACCAUGAUCA